AGCAGCCCAAUGCUGUCAAAAAUCAAAGACUAUGAUCAAAGACAAGGUAGAGCAGAUCGUCGCCCCAAAGUCGCCUCCUCACCUCGCUCGGCCUUCCUCAGGGGCUCGCUUCGCUGUCUGUUUUCACACAAAUGAAAUAAGAAGAAGAUGGAUAAUGAAAAACAAACCGAUACUAUGUGUUCAAGAAAUGAAGAUUGUAAGAUUGAAUGCCGCGCUUGUCUACAAAUAUUUGAGACCGAGGUUGACAAUAGCUUAGUAAAUAUAUUCCAAGCUUGGACGCCUCCAUGGGAUGGUAUGGAGGCUACCAUAGCUGAAGAUUUGGCCAAAAUCGCUAAUAUAAAGGUUGAAGAUACUGAUAUACAUUCCAAAGUAAUAUGCAACAUGUGCCACCAGAAGCUUCGAGAGGCUUGUAUUUUCACUACUGUCGUUCACACCAACGAUGCAAUACUCAGACAAAGGUAUCCUGACCAAAAUACAGAUUCAGAUAAAAUUUGGCCUAAACCGAUACAAAUCACCAACAUAAAUGGGUAUGGAAGUACAAUGAAUAUUGAAGUGAAGCAAGAGGUUUUAUCUGAUGAGGAAUAUGGCAAUACUAACGGUGUGGACGAGAAUUAUCUUGAUUUUGAAAUCAAAAUUGAACCUGAAGAAAUCAUUCCACAGACAAUACAAAUUUCUGCUGUCAAUGGGUCAAUACAUCUUGAUGCAAGCGAAGUCAGAAAUGGCACACUCACCAAUGGUAAUGAUGAGCUUCAAGAAGAUGAUUUCGGUAUAAUUAUCAAGGAGGAACCCUUGAGUGAGGGAGAGGAAUCCGAGUCCCCCACCGACCUGCCCCUAGAAUGCAUGCUUUGUGCUAGAGCAUUCAACAGUGUGUCCGGAUUGAAGUCGCACGUCAUAGCUCAACAUUCGUACAAGUCUGUUAAACGGAAGUCAGAAAACUCCCCGUCACCCAAGAAAGUGUCAAAGGUUCACAACUGCACCACAUGUAGACGGAGUUUCGCCACCCCCACAGACCUGAUAGUUCACGAGACGUGUCACAACCAAUACACAUGUUACGGCUGCAACGAGAAAUUUGACACGUUCUCGUCGCUCGCCACGCACAGACUGGAAUGUUUGAAGUCGAACGGGACGACUGUUAAACAUAAGACAUUGGAUGAUGUUAAAAGGCCUAAACUAGAAGUAACACCUGAACAAGAUACGUUGCGAUGUAAAGAGUGCAACCAACAGUUCUCAGACCCGUUCUAUCUGAGUGUGCAUAUGGAGGUGCACGAGACGAGUGGAGGGAUACCGAAUGACUCUGACACGCCCGUUGUUAUGGAAACGCAGAGUUUGGAAGACAUCUUCACUGGUGCCACAUGAUAUAAGGUGUUCGUGAGAAUGUUGUAAUAGGUAUAAUUGUGAUUGCAUUAUAAGUAUGUAUGUAUGUAUGUGGAGCAGUUUAAUGAGAGUGCAGAGAUACGUGAACUUACAAUGUUGCAAAUGAAAUAAAGUUCCCGACACUAAUAAAAACAAAAUUAUAGGACCACUCCAUCUCGUUCCCCAUGAAUGUCGUAAAAGGCGAUUAAGGGAUAAGCUUUAGAAAGUUGGGAUUCUUCUUAGAUGAUGGGCUAAAGCAACGUGUCACUAUUUGAAUCUCAAUUCUAUCAUUUAGUCGAACAGCUGAACGUAGCCUUUCAGUCUUUUGAUGGCUCUGUCUACCCCGCAAGGGAUACAGACGUGAUUAUAUGUUAUGUUCAUAUUCACUAACACGUGACGUGAUAUAAGGUUAUCGCAAGGAUUUUGUAAUAAGUUGAAAACUAUUUCUGCAGAAUGUAUGAACACGGUUUUAUAAAGAAAUCACCCGUGUCUAUGAAUCUUUCCGUGUGACAGAAAUCUGUGUCAUCAAAAAGUAUUCAGUUUUAAUUCAAUUUUCAAGAGUAUCGUUCUAAAAUUAUCUAUGAUUAUGGAAUGGUCUUGGUACCUACAUGGAAUUAAAUAGCUAGUGAAAAAAAAAAAUGAUUCAAUCCUGUUCAAAUUUUUCAUUAAAUGUGCGUCAAAUUUCAGCAGAAUUUGUUGAGAUUUUUAACAUUGCGUGUGUGUGAUAAAUGCUUCUUUUUUUUUGUAUCUGUUUUUAUGUAAUAUUUUGAAUCUGUAAUAUUUAAAUUCUGAACUGAUUUGUAUGGGGAAUUUCGAGUUAUUGAAAAAAAAAUUAUUUAUUGGUUUUCAAAAUCAUAGCUCGAUCUCCUUCAGAAUAUUUUUAGGAUCCUUUAAAACGGGAUACACAACAAAGUAUGAUUCACAUAUAAUAAAUGAUUUAAAAUUGAUGCAUAAUAAGUCAUCUAAAAAUGUAAUGUUUUAUCAAACCCAAUCAAAGCGGACAAUGUCCAGAAUAAUACUGAAAUAGUCUGUACUUAACGGUAUGUAUGCCUAAUAUUUAUUAACUAAAAUGAAAGUUUUAUUUUAACUUUUUUUAAAUCCUCGCUAUUUUUCACUUUACAUAUCAAAAUUUGUUUCCAUCUAUCAGACCUAUUUCAUUUAUGUUUUCUUAAUUCCAGCAUUUUAAAAAAAAACCAUAGUAUUCUAUCAUUGAAUAAAUAGUCGAUAAGUACAGUAAGCCACAGAGAAAGUACAUCACCUACCACACCUCUACGAUACGAAGUUGGUACACUUUUCUAUGUGGCCCACUAUACAUACCUACUCAACCUAAAAAUAUGUCAAUGGAUUUAACUAAACCCUGUGUCGUAUAAGAGUAUCUGAAAUACACUAUGCAUUGAAUUAGGAUUGUCGCCAAUUUAACUAGUCCAGUACCACAUUUAUAAGUCGCCCAUCUACCGCCGAAUCAAACCAAAAGAAAACUAAAUAAAAAUAACGUCCUAUUACAAGUACACUAAACUUAAAAUCCAAAAACAUUCAUCAUCAACAACAUGUAGUGCACUCACAAAAGUAAUGCAAUAGCGGACAGUACAGAUCGUGCGCGAUUUGUUGCGUUAAAAUAUUUUCGCGACAUACAAAAAUUUAACGUCCGUUUAAGUAACUUAUAAAAGUGGUACCUAAUGCUAUAUGUAGGUAUUCAGAGGAUGUGAUGUGAUAUAUCGUUCAUUAUAAAUAAUCACUUUCAUUGUAUAUUGCCACUCGUAAUUGUAAAUAAGUUUUAGCUGAUUAUGACCUUUGUAACUCGUAGAUGUUAAAUAUA